UACGAUGAUGAUGAUGAUGAUGAUGGCGGUGUAUCUUUAUCAGCAAUUAAAAAACGUUACAAGAAAGGAGGUGCUGGUUAUAAUAUCUAUAUAGAUAGUGACGAUGAUAGUGACCUGGAUAAGAAAAAAACAUCUAGUGAACGAAAACGAACUGCGAAGGUUGUCGAAAGUGAUGAUGAAGAUAACGAUAAAUAGCCCGUCUGGUGAUAACCCUGUACAAUGUUCACAAUUCAACUGAAUAUUAGUGUGUAAUUAAAUUUUUUAUGUAAUAAGUUGAAAACAAAAACAUUAAAUACAAUUUUUAUUAUGAUCACAUAUUUUCCUCAUUUUUUAUUCGUUGAAUCGAGGUAUUACUUUUUUUAGUUAUCUCAACAAUUUACAUUGGCCUCAGCAAUAAAUAUUGUUUUAACCAAAAAAAAGUCCCAAAUGAGACAUUUUACAUAGAGAAUCGCAAAAUAUACUUGACGCCCUAAUAUUUCAAAGUAAAUGGAUUGAGAGUCACCUAGGUUACAUUCAUAUGACAAUCCUAAUAGGACCAUAACUCGAAAUCACGGGUAAGCUUAUUGAAAACUGGUUUUGAGAAACUUACUUUUUUACUAACAACAUUACAGGGUGUAAAUAAAGUUCGUGUAGAUAGGAGGCUUAAGAGAGAAACCAGUUUUUCAAUCGAGAAAUCACAGCAAUUUAAAAUUCGUUUCUACGCAGGGAAAAAUAUUUUUUCCUACAGGAACUUUAGGUACACCCUGUACUUGAUAGACAGAGAAACCUUAGUUUUUGCGCAUAAAGGUGGCCUACAUUCAUUGGAGUAAUGCUCAAAAUCAUAGCUACGGUUGUUAAAAACUGGUUUUGAGAACCACGGUCUUAGUUUGACCCUUUUUACAUGCAAAAAGUGUCUACUUUUGCCCAAAAUCUUUAGUACUUGAAUAAAAAUUUUAUCAUCCAUCUUCUAGAUUAACUUAUUUAUAAUUUAUACUAAUUUGUAAAAUUAAUUUUUUUGGUGAAUAAUGCAUGAAACUAAUCAUGACUCUGAUAAAAUUACAAUAAAAAUGAGGCAUUCGGAUGAGGAUUAUCAUGAGAUUACGAUUGAUUGGUCAAAUGAAAGUUUCGAUUACAGGAAACAAUUGUUUCAUCAGUUAUCAGCAUACACAGGAAUACCAGUUGAACAUAAUCUGUAUGUCAACGUGAACAGAGAUCUUCAUCAGUCUGACGGUCUGCUAAAUACCGAAUGGAAGGAUGGAAGUUUUAAUGUGGGCUAUGCUUGGCAAUACGAUACAAAGGAACACGCAAUGAAUGCUUUCCGUGAUGGCGAUUGUUUUCUAUUUACAACGCAACUUUUUGCAGAUGAUAAUGGAAUGUAUUGUGAAUAUGACUUGCAGCAUCAGAGUCUGAUUAAUGAAACUGGAUGCGACCGAAAUUAUUGCUAUUACUUGGGUCGUCGAUCUUUCACAGAAAGAGUAUCAGAGUUGCUGAAAUCAGAUGAAUUGCGAAAAAUUUGUGAUGAAAAUGGCUUAAAAUUGUACGUACAACCAGCGGAAUUUUUAAGAAUGAACCUCAAUUUGAAUAUUGCACAUCUUACACACCCAGUGUGCACUGCGGGGAUCUCAGCUUUGCCUGGUCUAUAUCGGUUUAAUGCUAACCAUAUGUACUUACGUUACCGUGGCUAACUUAAAUCUCUGUCAAUUGUCGAUAAAAAAGUUUUACUUUCAAUUUAUUCAAAUGUUUUCAUCUAAUAAAAAUGAUGAAGACUCUGAUUGAGGUGAUAUUGGAACAGCAGAUUUAGAUCCGGAAUUUAGAUUGAAAUAAAGGCAAUAGAAAAGAAAGAAAUAUAAAACAGCAUUAAAAUGUCAAUAUUUGCAUUUUGAAUGGAAAAGUAAAAUUCAGAAGCCAAUAAGAAAUACAUAAUGACAAUAAUAAAAACUAAUAGUUGCAAUAAUACCAACUAAUGGUUGAGAUAAUGAUUGUUGAUUGAAUGAGAAUGAGUCAAAUAGUGGUUGAUAAUUUAUUGGACUCAUCAUUGACAGAAGCUACUCAAAUCUCAUUACCAACAUUGUUACAAUCAACAUUCAAAAGCUCUCCUUAUUGACCUGCUAAACAGUUUAGACCCAUUUAAACACUCAUCGGAAGUACAGUGAAACCUCGGUUAUUUUAUACCUCAGUUAUUUUAUAUUUUACAUAGCGUGAAUCUAGCAGCUAGGGAGCACAAAGUGUCUCCCCCUUCGGUCAUUUACAAAGGUUUAUACAGUCAACCCUCGAGUUUUUUGUUUUUUUGGAGUGCUGACAUCUAUGUGAACUACAGGGGAAAAAAUAAAUUUUACAGUUUAAACAAUUAAUCCACUCGAAUGAUUCCCCUUUAGCCUCUCUAGUAGAGAGUCUCUACUUCUCCCUUCAGGAGGGAGUCAUUAGAGUGGACUUAUUGUUUAAACCGUAAAAUUUCAUUAUCCCCCCUGUAGUUCAAAUAGAUGUCAGCACUCCAAAAAACAAAAAACUCGAGGGUUGACUGUACUAAUUUUUUGUUACGCCAUCUCUUGUUUUCUUAUAAUACCCAGCAUAACAAAAAUAUAAAAUAACCGAGGUUUCACUGCUGUUAACUUUAUUGUUCGCAUUUCACUUUGAUUGUUGAUUGUUUACUUAUUAAACUGACGUCCAUUAGAAAUGGAUAAAGGGAUGGAUCAACAAGUUGAACAUAAAAAAGUAGAAGCAGCAACAUGCCAAAAAAUAAUACAAAUCACAAUAAUAUCUAAUUGUGUAAAGAGAUCAUCUCAUUGGAAAUGUAAUUUGUGUACAUUCGUUUUUACAAACAAAAAGUCAAUUUGAUAAAACAAUA